AUUUUUUCUCCUUUCUCGUUACACUCAUGUGUCUCCCCUGUUUUGGGAGGAGGCUGAAAAUGGACUGAACAAGAGGGAGGAGAAAAACCAGGCAGAGAAAGAGAGGGAAAUCGCCUGUAGCCGGACUUUGCCUGCUUAUUCAGCGCUGAGUGCUGCACUGCGCCGUUUCCAGUUGUGGGAUGUUAAGAUUUGCCUUUGGCUGCACUUCUCCCCCUCACAUAAAGACUCUUUAGACAUUUUUAUGCUCAUUUUCUUGGAGGAGGAGGAGGAGUGAGAGAGGGAGAGACUUGCCAGACCUAUUAGCCUGGAGCCUGAAUCACACACAUACUCUCUCUCUCUCUUUGACACACACACACACUUGUACACUCCUCCAGCUCCGCGCUGCACCAAGGUAACAGUGAGUGGAUUUAGCUUUAGCCAUCUGGUCGGAGCGCAGAGAAAAAGCCUCUCUGCUGCACAGAGUGGAUAAGGACGAUGCAGCACUAAAACACAAAGAGAGAACCAAAGAGUCCGAGACAGAACGACACAUACACACACACACACACACACACACACACACACACACACACACACACACACACACACACACACACACACACACUGACACAGGAUGGCCACCGCAGUGUUUCAGGUGUCUUCAUCUUGUGUUCCAGCAACAAACUAUGAGCUGGCUCCAAGCAGUGACCACCCUCUCAAACAUGUAGACACCAUGGGCUCAACAAAGUCUUCAAAGAGCAUGGAGUCACGGCGCAGACCAUCAAGGAGUGUGAGUCUGCUGCAGGCCCUGGAGGAGAGCUACGAGUUGGACCUGCUGUACAUCACAGAGAGGAUUAUCUCCGUCUCCUUCCCCAGUAGCGUGGAGGAGCAGAGCUACGCCGCCAACCUGCGGGAGGUCGCCUCCAUGCUGCGCUCCAAACACGGACACAACUACCUGCUCUUCAACCUCAGUGAGAAGCGUUAUGACAUCAGCCAACUUAAUCCAAAGGUGUUGGACUUUGGCUGGCCUGACCACCACGCUCCAGCUCUGGACAAAAUCUGCAGCAUCUGCAAAGCCAUGGACACGUGGCUGAGUGCGGACAGUCACAACGUGGUGGUCAUACACAACAAGGGCAACCGGGGCAGAACGGGAGUGGUGGUGGCAGCCUACAUGCAUUACAGCAACAUAUCUGCAAGUGCUGACCAGGCUCUGGACAGGUUUGCCAUGAAGCGCUUCUAUGAAGACAAGGUGCUUCCUGUAGGCCAGCCAUCCCAGAAAAGGUAUGUGGAGUACUUCAGUGGCUUGCUCUCUGGACAUAUCAAAAUCAACAACAAACCCCUGUUCCUUCACCAUGUUAUCAUGCACGGCAUCCCAAACUUCGAGUCCAAAGGAGGUUGUCGUCCUUUUCUCAAGAUCUACCAGGCCAUGCAGCCCGUGUACACAUCUGGGAUUUAUAAUGUUCAGGGUGACAGCCAGACCAGCAUCUGUAUCACCAUUGAACCCGGUCUUCUUCUGAAAGGGGACAUCUUGCUCAAGUGCUACCACAAGCGUUACCGCAGCCCGUGCCGAGACGUGAUAUUCCGGGUGCAGUUUCACACCUGCGCCGUGCACGACCUGGGGAUUGUGUUUGGGAAGGAUGAGCUAGAUGAGACAUUUAAAGAUGAGAGGUUUCCAGAAUAUGGAAAAGUGGAGUUUAUUUUCUCCUUUGGACCAGAGAAAAUAAAUGGUCCAGGUGUGGAUCAGCUUGAAAACGGGCCGAGCGUCUCGGUUGACUACAACACACAGGACCCUCUGAUCCGCUGGGACUCCUACGAAAACUUCAACCAGAACUGUGAGGACAACUCAGACGAAGUCAUCCACACUGAAGGACCCUUGGAUGGCAGCCUCUACGCCAAAGUUCGCAAAAAGGAGUCAGUGGAAGGAACAGUCACAGCGAAUGGCCUGCCACCAACUGCGGUUGAACAUGCCCUACCUGCGGUGGACCAUGCCUUGUCAGUGAGCAGCGACUCAGGAAACUCUACUGCUUCAAUCAAAACUGACCGAACUGAUGAAGCGGCAGCAGCUCCUCAGGCUUCCACAUUGAGCCAGACACACGUUCCUGUAGGAGAGGAGCUACCCUUGAUCCAUCAACAAGAACCACCUGCACAACAACAAAUCAGUCCCCAAGAGAAACAGGAGCUCGAGCAGCUGCUGAGUGGCUUGGAGGGGCCCAUGCAUCGACAGGGCUACCUGUCCCCGCCGGUUUCCGCGGUUGGAGGCAUGCUUCACUUGGUGCCUGCCCAGGUCCACGUCAACGGGCAUGGUAGCAUUGACCGUGAGACGGACAUUUUGGACGAUGACAUGCCUACCAGUCAGGAGGGACACAGUGUGGACAGUCUGGGGACGUUCUCCUCCACAGAUGGAAGGGCCACACCAGCUGAACUUUACUUCCAGCCUCAGCCUAUUGUCAAUGGCCAGGAGCAUGUGCCGUACCUGGAGCGCAGUGCCCCAGGAAAGCCUCUGGAAACUACCAUACCCAAUAAAUCUGCCACUCUGACCCUAAGUGAUUCCGCCCCAUCCUCGGGUUAUUACACGGCUAAGCAGAACGGCAAUAUGUUCCGCUCUCAGUCAUUUGGAGCAGAGCCAACUUCUUUGCCUCAGGCUCCCGCCCGCACCACAAGUAGCAGGGAUGCCGUCCAGCGUGGGCUCAACGUUUGGCAGCAGUUCGGUGUACCAGAGGAGCCGGUUACUGAAGGACUCACUUUCAGUCAACCUCCUUCAGCAGUGGUGAUGUCCAGCCACCACAGCCUCCCACAGUUCCCUCAACGCCAAAGCGCCUCCCAGCAUGAAAUUGAAGAAUCUAUUGAAACCCUUAAUCUCCUCAUGAUGGACCUGCAACCAGGCCGUCCGCUGGUGCCAAAGUCCCAAAGUGCUCCACUGCAGGAAAACUGUGUUGUAGUGACCACCCAGCCGUCCUUCUCCCAGAGCCAACCCAGGCCCUCCACACAGGCUGACUCAGCCAUUCAUAGCCACUUUUCUGGCCCCAUGUCCAGCAUGGCCAGCCACUCGUCCCUCGGUCAGAUGUCCCCUGGGCAGCCGAGGACAUCAGGGCCUGCUCUUGUCCAGGGAUCUCUGAGUUACACAUCUGAAAGGGAUGUAACGAGUCCUCCUUCCCUUGCCUCCCCCACUGUAGCUGGUCAUAUCCAGCUCAAGCCCAUCAGCAACUAUCCACCAAGCACACUGUCCAGGUCUGCAGAGGUCUCUGAGCCCCAGAGGAGCCCUAGUGCCGCCUCAGCAUCACCCCAGCCAACAGAGAGUGAGCAGGAUGAAGUUUUCAACGUUGAAGGUCUGGUGGCCCAAAGAGUAGCAGAGUACUCGGCUCGUGUCCAAAGUGUCAUCCCCAGCAUGACAUCUUCUCAGUCUGAGCACCGCCGCUCUCACUCGUUCUCGGGAGUCCAGGCCCGUACAGUGUCUUUAGACGAGCCUGCAACUCUGCCCCGCCAGCGCAACACCAGCGAGGGCCACUCCCACAACGGUCCUGAUGAAGAUCCCUCCCCCGAUGUCCCGCUGCGGUCCCCCAUCCGCUGUGUUUCUCCUGAAUUUGUCAACGCCUUAGCGAUGAACCCCGGAGGACGACCGAAGGAGAGACACAUGCACAGCUACCGUGAGGCCUUCGAAGAGAUUGACAGUGGCCCCAUCAGUCCUACACCGUUUGUUGGUGGUGAGGUGUUUCCCCAAACCCCUGCCUUCCCCAUCUCGCCGCAAACCCCUUACUUCAACCUGUGUCGUUCCCCUCCUGGUCUCGCCAAAACUCCUCUGUCCGCCCUGGGUUUGAAACCCCACAACCCUGCAGACAUCCUCCUCCAUCAAACAGGCUCAGCACCAAGGAGCUAUGUGGAGUCUGUGGCGAUGUCGGCAACAACAGGUGGAGAGCAGCCCCCAUUAUCUCAGAGCCUGAGCCCCCCCGGAGAGACUACAGCCCAGCAGAGAAGUCCCUCCUCUCACUCACUGAACCCCCCUCUGUCCAGCAGUAGCCCUAUCCAGAUCUCACAGAGUGAUCGCCCCUUAGCAGAGAGCAGCGUUAGCACUCCUUCCCAACCCACUACUGAUUCAGGCUUCCGCUCCCAGGUUACAGAGAGUCCCUACCCCACUCCCACCCCCUCAUACCAAACCCCCACCUCUUCCUACCUGAAUUCCAGCUCUCCAACCUCUUCCUACCUUGGCACUGCAACCCCUACACAAUCCUACCUUGGCGCCAACGCCCUACUGGGGAACUACGUGUCCACAGACCACAGCCCUCCAGCCUCAGAACCCUCCCUCAGCCAUGGAAGCCCCCAUGCACAGCACCGGACCACAACCCUUGGCUCCCCUUACAACCCCCUCCUCCAGCAGCGCUCAUAUCCUUAUCAGGAUACUUCCAUCGUAGGCCAGCAAACAUCCCCGGCUAACGGCUUCGAUGUUGGGAUGGUGGGCCUCAGUGGAAGUCCCAUCCUGGGGGGUCGUCUGACGCAGGGAGGUCAGAGCAGCCCGGUCCACAGCAGACAGGCCUCGUUGGGUCAGGGAUCCCAGCGGAGCCCAAUCCUCAGCAGACAGCCGUCCCUUGGCCAACCCAUGCAAGGUAGCCCCGUGCUAAGUCGACAACCAUCCAUCACCCAAGGAAGUCCAAUUUUGGGCCGUCACUCGUCUGUAUCGCAGGUUUCCCAGAGGAGCCCCAGUCUGGACCGUCACCCCAUGCACAGCGGAUACACCACCCCGGACGAGAGGCAUGGGAACCUGUCACGGCAAAGCAGCUCCUCGGGGUACCAGGGUCCGCCCACGCCAUCUUUCCCGAUCUCGCCCGCAGGCUACCAGGAUGGGGGGAUGAUGGGGAUGGGUGUAGGAUUCCGGCAGGGUAGCCCAGCUCCAGGGUUCCAGCCCCAGCUUCCAGAGAAGAGGCGCAUGUCAAGCGGCGACAGACCCAACGGAGCGCAGUCCUACGGCACGCUGAACGGGAAGAUAAUUUCCCCAGCAAGUGGAGGAAGCAAUCCAAGCUACUUCCACACCCUCUCUGACUUCUCAAGAUUCAACAUGCCCGACGGCAGUCCCGAGAGCAGGCUAAAUGUCAAGUUUGUCCAAGACACGUCCAAGUUCUGGUACAAGCCGGAGAUUUCCAGAGAGCAAGCUAUUGGCCUGCUAAGAGAGAGGGAGCCAGGAGCCUUCGUUAUUCGAGACAGUCACUCAUUCAGGGGGGCUUACGGCUUGGCCAUGAAGGUAGCCUCUCCUCCCCCCACAGUGCAUCAGAACAAGAAAGGUGACGUCAACAACGAGCUGGUCAGACACUUCCUUAUUGAGAGCAGCCCUAAAGGAGUGAAGCUGAAGGGUUGUCCCAACGAGCCUUACUUUGGCUGUCUGUCUGCCUUGGUCUACCAGCAUGCCAUCACACCACUGGCCCUACCCUGCAAACUACUUAUCCCAACCACAGAUCUCCAUGAGGAGGUGCCAGAAGUCGCCACACCAAAUCCUCUGGCUGAGAGGCUGAAACAAGGAGCAGUGCAGAGGGCCCCUGCUGAUGCCCAUGCAUGCAACGUGCUGUACAUCAACUCAGUGGACAUGGAGUCCCUGACAGGCCCUCAGGCCGUUGCCAAGGCCAUAUCUGAGACACUGGCUGCCAGCUCUCCAGCUACUGCCACCGUUGUGCACUUCAAGGUGUCUUCCCAAGGCAUCACGCUGACCGACAACCAGAGGAAGCUUUUCUUCCGACGCCACUAUCCUACCAACACUGUCACGUUCUGCGAUACUGACCCUCAGGACAGAAAGUGGAACAAGCCUGAGGGCGGGACAGCCAAGCUGUUUGGGUUCGUGGCGCGUAAACAGGGAAGCACAACGGACAACGUCAGCCACCUCUUCGCCGAGAUGGACCCCGACCAGCCUGCCAACGCCAUUGUCAACUUUGUCUCCAAGAUGAUCGCCGUGCAGAAACGAUGAGAGCCGUUGACAAAUCUUGGCGCUUUUUUCCCCAUGCCUUUGUGUUUUUUUUUGUUUUCCUUUUAACCACAGACACUUACUUUCUGGUUUUGGACGAUUUGGUCUUACACGUCACCUUAUUUUUCCCGCUCUUUUUACAUUUACAUGUGUCUGUGUGUGAAAGAGAACAGGACGCUGUGUGUGUGUGUGUGUGUGUGUGUGUGUGUGUGUGUGUGUGUGUGUGUGUGUGUGUGUGUGUGUGUGUGUGUGUGUGUGUGUGUGUGUGUGUGUGUGUGUGUGUGGCUUGCGUGCAUGUGCUUAUCUUCUUGGACGGACUCCAGAAUGGACCAGAGGAAGUGCAGGAUGGGGCGUGGCUGUGUGACAAUGGGAGGGUGAUUUUCGAUCGCCCUGGCAGGGUAACGCAUGAACAGGAAGAGGGAAUGACAUAGUGUGUGCAAAUGUUAUUUUGUUAGCAAUUGUUUCAUUUGAAUUUGUUUAAAAGAAGAAGUUAAGUUGUGCGAUGAAAAGGGGGAUCGUAAAUCUAUCAGGUUUAUGACCGGUCAACCAAAGAUUAAAAAAAAAAAAAAGUAGUCGGGGCGCGUUUAGUGCGCCACUGGCGGAGGGUUGGAAGUAUUCUUUUGUAAAACAAAUAUGGCUGCUUAAUCAAAAAAUACUGUUUCUUUCUGUAUGUACUGAUACUGUAGGUCAAUUCCACACCUGUACCAUGUCGCAAAAAAUGACUUCGGACUUUUCCGCAGCUGGUCAGGUGUUUGUAAAUAAUCUAGAUUGCUUUAUGAGUAGGACUGUUCUAGAGGACAUGUGAUGCCUGCCUUCAUUCUGUAAUGCAGAGCUUUUUAAGAAAAUAAAAACAUAAAGGCUGUCUUAAAUAUGCAAAUAGCCAAACUUGGAAACUAGGUUAUUCUUCAAAAUUCAACUUUUCAAUGUAGUAGUGCGCUGACGGAUGUUAUUCCUUGGAAAUCAGACAGCUAGAAAACGAUUUUCUUGCAAAUAUACGCAAAUUCUCUGGAUUUCUUUAGGAUAAGCAUCCUGUCUGCCACCAUUCUAUGUUCAGUCACACUCUUUUUCGCGCAUCACUGAAGGGCCUAACGUUGUUCCGUGACAAACUUCAUAGCUUGUUGCUAUACUGCUCUUCAAUUUUUUUCUGGUUAAUCCGUCAAUAGCUCUUUUGCAUCAGCCGGCGAAAACUGUUAACACCUUACCCAAAAGUAAGCUAUACAUAUAAAUAUACAUAUAUAGAUAUAUAUAAAAAACUUCCAAACAGUGACUUAAGAUAUUUAUUUUUGUGCUUUGUUGCUCUAUGUUAUCUUGUAUACAUGUAUUAUAAAGUAUACACCAAGAUUACUGAAAGCGAGAAGAAAAGAUAUUUUCUCUUCUAUUAUUUUUGGCAAGUGCAUUGACAUAUAUAUAAGGUGUAAAGUGUGUGCAUUUCAACUGUUGUGUUUUUUUUUAAAUGUUUUUAUCACGGCGUUUCUUCCUUUGGUUAACAUUCUUGUUUUGUGGGGAGGCUUUGUUUAUGAGAGGGGGGGUAUUUUGUAUGAAAGAUUUCUGUUACUAUAGUCCAAAUUGGAGUUAUUCUAAAGUGAUGCCAACACAAUUGUUUUAUUAACUUAAACCUGCGUAGAAUACAUUGUCCACGAUUAGCACUUAAAUGUUGAAGUAUUAUCAUUGUGUUUCUACUUGUCAAAAGAGGAGAAAAUGAACACUAAUGGACCCUCUUCAUGUCAUUUUGCAUGUGUGGAGGCAGAAUGACUACUUCCUGUAGUCAUGUUGUAGUUUUUCCUCAGCAUGGGUCUUGUUCCUGGAACACUAGUCGAAUCAGUCAGUAGCUGCUGCCCUCAUGUGGUCAGGAACCAUCAUUACAAAAGGAACCACUUUUAUUCCUAACAGUGUUUUAGCUGUGGCACGUCAAAGGGUAAAUGUUUAAGUAAUUUCAUCACUGAGAAAAUUCACUUUGAUUUUAAUUUAGAUUCAUUUGGCCUUUUCCUUGUCAUACCAUUUUAUGUAAAACCUUAAGAUUUUAUCACUGGUGGUUUUGGCGACACCCUAUUUACUGGCGGUAACAGCUAAUGCGGAUUAAAAAGUCCCAGAAUACCGAGGGUAGCAAUACAAAUAAUAAAGUUAUUCAUUGAUCACCAAGUCACUACAGACAUCCAGCUCACAGUACUGCAAAAAUAUGUUACACUUUCCUUAGUGGGCCAUACCCUCAGUCACCAUUGUGUUACUUUAUUUGGCAAUAGAUAGUAACUUUUCAGCGAUAAAUGACUCCUUCAUUUUAUGUCUGAUGCUCUGAUAUCAGUCGGCAGCAUGAUGUAAUUAAUUAUCAUAGGGGCCAACAAGUAAAGAAAAGAAUACAGCACUUAAAGGACUUUCAUAUCUGACUAGAUUGUUCCAUUAUUUAUUAGCAAGAGCCUGCAUGCUCAAAUACUAUUGUUAGUUUCACGCUGCUGACUGUAAUCUGUACACAGUAUCCUCAAGUCUUACCGCCCCUUUAAGAGAGAUCCACACAGUUAUCAACAGGAUUUUCAUUUUGACGACUGUGUCUUGACAGAAGAAUCGUUAUUUUUGCCUUGUUGAGAAAAGAGGACGUCCUCUACUUCAAACUGAAUGUUCGCCAUGUGCUUGCCAGGCUGGAAACUCCAGUGGCGUGUGCCCACUUUGACAGAGCACAUGGACUGUAGAAUGUGUGUGAAUGAGCUACUAUGCCUGUAUAGACCGCUGUCAUUUUUUGGUUUGCUACAUUGUAUGGCUUUUACUAUUUCUGAUGGAAGAAAACACAUUAAAAAGCAGUACAAAUCAAAAUGUA